CCACCGAGUGCGGAUCUAUAUGACAUUCCAAACUUUCUUAAGGGUAUAAGCAACAUGCGCUCGAGAACUUUGCACCGCAGACUCAUCUCAACUGAAAUUACCAUCACACUUAAAGGACAUCCACCACUCCAGAAUGAUCAUUAUCAAGUUUAAUUAACAAGGAAAAAGUAUCUGAAGUACUUGAUUAGAAAGAUGUGAUAAUGAGUAGUGAAAAAAUUGCAAUUAGAGACGUUUUAUGAUACAUGUGGAAAAAAGGACUGAGUGCAAGGGUACCAGCAAAAGAUUUUAAUGAUGUGGAAAUCCUAGCAACAGUCAACAAACAUGUGGCACAAAACUGGUUCAGACAUUUCAAGGAAGGUGUCAGCAGCCUCAAAGACAAACCAAGGUCAGGAAGACUUUCUGUUGUAGAUGAUGAGGCCUUGCUUGAAAUUAAAUGACAGUCAGGCACAAGCACUUGUACACUGUUAGAAGAACUUGGUCCUUCACAAAGCACCAUCAAUCAACACAUCCAUAAGCCUGACUUUGUGAACAAAUACUGUCAAGAUGUUCCUCAUGAACUGACCAAUGACCAGGUUCUACAACAUAUGAACAUUUGGAAACAAUUGCUGGCAAAUCCCUGAGAUGCUCGUUUUUGGCACUGAGUUGCAACUGGGGAUGGAAAGUUUAUCUAUUUUCAUAACCAUAAUAAGAGAAACCAGUAGUUUCAUCCAGAAUUUGCUGUCAAACAAGGGUGGUUUGAACAUGUGUAUUUGGUGGAAUUUCAAAGGGGUGUUGCACUUUAAGCUUGUCCCAGAUGGUCUUGCUGUGAGUUCUAACUUCAACAACUGCACGAGAGAAAAUUAAAAGCUUUGAUCUAUUAUUCGCUUAACGACCCGCUACUCUUGCGGUAGAGUAGAGUUGGCGCAGCAUGCAAAUACAACUUAACUGAACGGAGUAAAUUUCAGAUAUGUGAUGUUGGUCUUUAAUACAUUUAUAUUGUACAAUGGCAGAAUGUGAUGAGCUAAGUAAUAGCAACAUGUCAGGUUUACCUGUAAAUGAUGCUCAAGGUGAACUGGCCAAACAAGCCUGGCAGGAAUUUAAUAAACAACAAUAUGACAACUGUAUCAAUAUACUAAAUAAAUUAUUGGUCAACCGGUCUAAGGACUCAAAAGUUACUCACAACAAAGCAGUAGCAGAAUUCUAUCAGUCCAAGUUUACCAAAGUCUCAGAAUUUAAACAUGGUCUUGCCUCAGUUUGCCAACUUGAACACAUCAAUAUAGAUAACCUCAAUAAUUUAGAUGAUGUUGACCACAGUGCUGUUCUUUACAACCAAGCUGUUGUACUUUAUCAUCACAGACAGUAUAAAGCAGCAUUGUCCAUCAUGGACAAACUGUUUCAUUUUGUUGAACCUAUUGAGGAAAACCUUACGCGGAAAUGCUUGUUUUUGCUUGUUGAGCUUUAUCUUCAAACUCACCAGCCUGAGAAGGCAAUGGGAAUGUUAUCCUAUAUAGAGAAACUUCUUCUUCAUGUUACCAAGUGCAAUAACAGCCCCUCAGGAGACAAAGUAGAUAAAAAUGAAAGCCUAGACAGUUCUGUCGCAAGUGAAUUAGGGACCUCAGAACUGUAUCGGCCAAAAAUUAGUUUGUAUAAAACCCGAUGUCUGAUAAUGAUGAAGUCAUUAAAAGCAUGCAAACGAGAAAUCAAAGUAUUGAUGAGUAGCCAAGCAACUAACCCUUCUGUAGUAUAUUUGAAAAGCAAUUUUGAAUACCUGCGGGGCAGUUCACGUAAAGUAAUAAAGAUGCUGGGAACUGUACCUCAAAACACAGUCAUCUCAGAGUCAGGGAAUUGCUUGCCUGUCAUGUAUUACAAUAACCUUGGCUGUAUCCAUUUCAACACACGGAAGCACCAUCUGGGAGCAUUUUACUUCCGUAAAGCAGUGGCAGAAAAUGAAAGUGCUGUAAAAAAUCUUAAAAAAUCCUGUGAUGAUCCAGCAAAAUGUAGUGCUCCUCUUCAAACUGUUGGAAUGAGUCGGCAUCAUGAACUGUUGUAUAACAUGGGCGUUCAGCUAUUACACUGCGGAAUGCCUCAAGCUGCAUUUGAUUGUUUAAUUCAAGCUGUCCAAGUUUACCAGAUCAACCCACGGCUUUGGUUACGUCUUGCUGAGUGUUGUAUAAUGAAUUACCGAGAAAGUAAUGAAGAUGAUAAAAAAUUAAAAAGGCGCAUGGAAGUUAUCCAGGGGUCAGUUGCCAGUGGUGUUCAUCGAAAACUUAUCUUAGGGUCAACUACUAAACAUGUAGCACCAAGUCAUAAUCCAGCAAUUCCAGCACCAUCUCUAGAAUUUGCUGCCCUGUGUUUGCGAAAUGCUCUGUUACUACUUCCAGAACAUCCUCAUCAGUCUGAAGUCAAUGAAGAACAUGCUGAAGCAAACAAGUCUGAUAUAUUCCUUGUACCAGCCCCACCUAGUAAUCCUAUGCGUGCAGCGGAAGUGAGCAAUCUCCGGUGUUCAAUUCUGACUGCUAGUGCCUAUGUAUCUCUGUGUCUCAACGACCAUCUUAUUGCUCUAAAUUACACCAACAGUUUACUUUCCCAACCACGUCUUUCUGGAGCACAAAGGUACCUUGCGCACUUAUAUGCAUCUGAAGCAUUGGUACAUCUAGACAGAAUAGCUGAUGCCAUCCAACAUCUGAAUCCAGAGUACAGUAAGGAUGUCAGUGUUUGUUCACAGGAACAGAAAUCGGACCAAGAUAAAAAUGACAAAAUGGAUAAAAGUGACCGUGAUCUGGCAGACACUACUGAGACUAAAGGAGCCUUAGUAUCAUGGACGCCUGCAAAACCACAGAAAGCUCAAGCUGUGUUGUUGUACAACCUUGCGGCAACAUUAGCUAUUAGUGGGGAAUAUAGCAAAGCUCUAAAACACCUAGGAGAGAGUAGUCAAUUAAUAUGCCAGCCAUUCCCAGCCCAGAUGUAUUGCCUAAAGCUCUAUCUUGAUCUCAUUGAAGGCCGCCGAGCAACUGCCCAAUACAUCAUUAAAGAGUCCUUUGGUCAUGUGACUCCCAAUAGAGUGGAUAUGUCAAUGAUGAACAAGAAAAGCUUAUCAAGUGACCAAUUACUGCCAUGAGAUCUUGCCCCUGUGAGUGAUUGCUGUGAAAACUUUAAAAACCUGUUCAGUCUUCAGACGACCUCAGCAUUCUUUGAAUGGCUAUUAUAUGUAUAAUGGCCAUUAGUCUGUACCUUUUUUCUGUGUUUAAAAGGUCACUUGCCAUUCCUGUCUCUUGAAACCCUGUAUUGGGGAACAUCUGAAAAUUGACAGUUUGGGGGCUCUUAGCUGCUGUCUCUGAGAAAUGAACUACAUUCAUUAGAAAGGAAAUCGAAAAAAAAAAACACACUAAACUGUUAUUCAUUGUUUGUCUCUUUCUUUCAGUCCAGCAUCUGUAGCACAAUGGAAGUGAGUAGAAUGGAAGCUGAGUAAUUAAUUUCUUUCAUUAUGUCAUACACUUUUUGCUGUGGCACCACCUACAUCUAGCUCUCUUCUCUUUUCAACAUUUCCUAUCUGUCUUCGAACAGAUUCUACCUCUCUCUCUCUCUCUCUUUCUUUCUCUCUACAAGCAUUUUCAGAAUCUUUUCACUGGAAAUUCACUCUAAUAUAAAAAAUGGAAACAGUUUCAAUUAUUGAUGAAACUGAAUGUCACAUUUUCCCCGCCAUUUUUGAAUGAAUGUUUGUGUGCAGUUAUUAGCUUGGACUGGAAUAAAUUGUUUCAAAGAAGAAAAAAAACCUUA